GAGAACUCUGAUCGGCGGUCUGACACAGCCUGAGGGGGAACUGGCAGUGGACAUCCACUCACUGCGAGAGGUUUGUGUUGCAUGUUCAGAGAGAGAAGGACGCCAAAGCGAGCCUACAACAAUUGAGAGACCCUGGACAGGUGCAAGAAGCAAGAUGAGAAUGUGGUGGUUGCCGACCCUCCUCGUCCUUUUCCUGUUUCUGGAGAGGAGUCACCAAACAGCUGACAUGGUGCCCGGGAACCAGGCGAAUAUUAUUGUGUGCAUAGAUACCUGUCACCCACACGACUGCUCGGAUGUGUAUGCCCAGGGUCUGUCUACAGAUGGUGUGUACAUGAUAUACCCAGGUGGAGGGCAUUCCCCUGCCAUACCUGUGUACUGUGACAUGACCAGUAAGGGGGGACCAUGGACGGUGUUUCAGAAGAGGUUUGAUGGGAGUGUGAGUUUUUACCGUGGCUGGAAGGAUUAUGAACAAGGAUUUGGCCGAGCAGAUGGAGAGUACUGGCUGGGUCUGAAGAACAUUCACCUUCUCACCCAAAAGAGGUCCUAUCGUCUUCAGAUCAACCUGGAGGAUUUUGACAAUGAUGCCCGUUUUGUGAUUUAUAAUAUCUUCUCCAUCUCUCCUCUUGCCAUCUCUCCUGAGGAAGACGGCUAUAAACUGCACAUCGCUGGAUUUCAGGAGGGCGAUAACAACAGGCCUAUUCAAGACUCUCUAGGCUCUCAGAAUGAGAUGAACUUCUCCACUUAUGACAAUGACAGAGACACAUAUCACGGAAACUGCGCAGUGACAUAUAAAGGAGCCUCUUGGUACAAGGAUUGCCACAGCGCCAACCUCAACGGCUUAUACCUGAAAGGCCCCAUCACCCAGUAUGGCACCGGCAUCACAUGGGGUGGUUGGAGAGGGCAUUACUACUCGCUCAAGAAGAGUGAGAUGAAGAUUGCAGUGAAGUAAGAAGAGAUGGGGCAGUAGAGCCAAUGUGUAGCAUCAUAAGCAUUACCAGACUGCUGGAUGAAAGACAAAGCAGCCCCACAUUUCUGUUCUUCAUUUCCCCCUUCCCUCUUUUACCCCUCCAUUUACAAUCUGAAUGGCCUCUUGCCCUAGGGUGGGCUUAUAGCUUCCUUUUCUGAGCUCACACAAUAUCUGUACAUUUAAUGGCAUAAGAACAAAGUAUAAAUAAAUACUAUGCAAAAAUAAAGUAAA